CUGCUUUCAGUAAUAUUAAUCAUCUGUUAAACAAGAUAGAUGCUUGAUAAGAAGUAGGUAACAUUGUAUGAAGAUGUCUGUAAGGAUUUCUUUUGUCUAGUAUAAUCCUUGUUGUUUCUAGGUAUCUUUUCCCCAUAUAGAUAUGUUUCUUCAGAAUGUACUACAUACCUAUCAAGAUAAUCUUUUCAUUAGUAAUGCCCUUAUGAGAUCUGUGAUCAUCUGUCUCACAGUUAUACUCACCUCAGUCUUUGUAGCUUUUUGCUCAAAUUUGUAGACCAUACUGUCUCUUAGUACUCACAAGAACUCUAUAACAGUUUAACCACUCUUAAAAAAGCUAACAAUGUGAUUAUAGAUUUGAGUAGUACAAUGACAAAGGUGAUCAGCUUAACAAUUGGACCCUAGAUCUGGUAGGAUACAGUAGCUGUACAGUAGCUUGAAAUGGGAUAGUCACAGUCUCCUACACAUUCACCAAACAGUACCUUCAAGUGCUUCCUAUACACUAUACUACAGGAUGAGUGAAGAUACAACAAAUAGUGGAAAGCAGAAGCAACAGGACAAAGUUGACUCAGGCAACAUUGUUAACAACAAACAGAAGAGUAAGGACCUGAGUACUACUAGUCACCCAGUCCUAAUAGAGAGUAUAGAUGAUGAGGAUACAUCUGUUCAGGAGAUGGAUUCUGAGUCUGAUAAAAGCAAGGAUAAAGAACUAAAGUAAGUGUCAAACUGUAUCAUGUUGUUCUAUAAACAAGUCCCUUGUGAUACUAAUAGCUAUGCUAAGGAUGGAACCAAGUAUUUCUAGUACUGCCAUCCUCAUACUAAUAGACUCUCUAAGAUUCUGAAGAUAAUGCAAGCAAUGUAUGGAAGCAAGACUGGUCUCAGACAGUAUCUAGAAAGCUAUAGUGACAUGUUUUCAUUCUACAAUUUCCUUAGAGUAGUAACAGCUUCAUGCUUGCCUACUUCUGAAGAGAUAGACAUUGUGAAUCAAACAACAGUACUCACUUGAGAGGAGCUUAGAGAGAUUGUCAAGGACUUACCUGAUACUAAUAAUAUUGUAGAGAUGUUUCAAAAGUAAGAGAACAAGAAAAUG